CCAUAUCAGCGUCAAUCAAGCCAACGUCAAAAAUAUCUGCAGUGCAAACAAAACACGGCAUCCAAUUUACUUCUAUUUCCCUUUGUGAAUUUUGUAUUAAAAUCAAAUAAAAUAUAGAAUACUAUAGCAAACAUGGUCAAGCUGACAAAUGAAUUGAUACAAAACUCUAUGCAGUACAUGAAUCCCUGCAGAGAUCGCGAGUUAGAUCUUAGAGGAUACAAAAUACCACAAAUUGAAAACUUGGGAGCGACGUUGGACCAAUUUGAUACUAUAGAUUUUUCAGACAACGAUAUCAGAAAACUCGAUGGUUUUCCCUUAUUAAAGAGGCUCAAAUGUUUAUUGCUUAACAAUAAUAGAAUUGUACGAAUUGGUGAAAAUUUGGAACAAUAUAUACCAAACUUGGAAACCCUUGUGCUAGCAAAUAACAACAUCACUGAGCUUGGUGAUCUGGAUCCUCUGGCAACACUACCAAAGUUACGGACAUUGUCGCUGAUGCACAAUCCAGUUGCCAACAAACAACAUUACAGAGCAUACAUUGCCUUCAAGCUGCCUGGACUAAGGCUAUUAGACUUCAGAAAGAUUAAACAGAAGGAAAGAGAAGAGGCAAACACUCUUUUCAAAAGCAAAAAGGGAAAAGAAAUGCAGAAGGAAAUAUCAAGGAAAGCCAAAACUUUUGUACCUGGAGGAAGUAUGCCUGAUCCAAAAGUUACUAAUCUCACUCCACAGGAGAUCCACAAAAUCAGAGAUGCCAUUAAAAACGCGUCGUCUUUGCAAGAGGUGGAACGGUUAACCCGUAUGCUGCAGUCUGGCCAGAUUCCUGGACAAAAGCCGUUACAGCCGCAGACUCAAGGAAAUGGUCAACAAGAGGAUGAUGAGGAAAUGGAGACGGACCAACUAAACGGCCAAUGAAGUAAGAUUUGUCAAGCAGUGAAGAAUAGAUACUAUGGUUUUUCUUUAAUUUUUCUAGUACAUAAGUGUCAAAUAUGUUAAGCUGAUGAGAAUAGAUAACUACAUUUGGUACUGGUAGAACAGAUACUACAUAGGGAACUGAAGUUUAUUAAGAACUCAGAAAAGAACAGAACAUAUACCUACCAAUGUAGCAAGUUGAAACUUUUAUUUAAUUAGUGAAGCGGUUUAAAUAAAAUAUCAUCUUACAUUUA